AUGGCUACAUCAAGUACAGCACGAGCAACUUUCGAAUUCCAAUUAAACCAGAGCAAAGCGAACGCUUUAACUCCGCCAUUCGCUACCUCAGACGACCUCUUUUGGCAGUUGGAGUAUUGCGAGACAUAUCCAAAUGAACCGGAAUGCUUUGUUGUUCGCCUUCACGUAAUUCCAAACCAAGACGAGUUAGAAUCCAUUUUGCCUUGGAAUCAACAAUAUGUCGGGAAAUUGGCAUUAGAGAUGGAUAAAUUGACACCCGAGAUGAAAUAUCGAGGAUUCUUUUACAAGAAAACAAAGCUCGCCCAUAAUUUUCUAAUCGGAGUCACUUUCUCGGAAUUCCAAACGAAUUCCAAAUUAGUUCCAGCACCAUUUCCUGGACGAAAAAUCCCUAAUGAAUUGUUUGAUGCAUGGCUUGGCGAGAUAAACAAACAAGACUCAGUUGAUGUUCAAUUCAAUGUCAGUGGGCAAGUGGUAUAUGCCAGCAGUGCAAUACUCUCAAAACGCAGCGAAUACUUUCGCAAUUUCUUUCAACAAAAAUGGGCCGAAUCAGAAGAUAUUCAAUCAGAUACUACUCAAUCACCAUCACAAUCUCCAAAUACUCGAACACGAUCCAAGAAAAAGUCAUCAUCAUCCUCAGUAAAAGGAGUAACAAUCAAUGGUACCAAUGGCACAAACACCAAUGGUACGACUCCCGAAACAUCUGAUAUUUCGAUUUCAAAUAAUCAGAUAAAAUAUGUAAUCAGCGUCCCGGAUUUCGAGUAUGAUACAUUCUUAGGGAUGCUGAGGUAUCUUUACACAGAUAAUCCUGGUUUCAGUGUCGAAGAUGGAUCUCCUACCUCACCAUUAGCUAUGAUGGCGAUCAGUGAUAAAUAUCUGAUUCAGGAUCUACGUGAACGAGCCAAAGAAAAAUUACUAAAAAUUCUUAAUGAAGAUAAUGCUGCGCGUAUUCUGUUUGAUGCAGCUUGGAAGUGGCCUGAUGUCAAAGAAAUUGUGAUGAAUUAUGUGGUCAAAAAUUUUGCUAAAGUUCGUGAGACUCCAGCUUUCUUGGAAAUUGAUGACUCGCACCCAAUGACCGCGAAACUCUUACUCCAACUUAUCAGACAAGUCAGCUUGGAAAAAAAAAACGCGAAAUGA